GUACAGCCAGUUUUACUCAACAAACCAUUCCAAGCGGGCCGUGUUUUUGUUAGCUUUUAGUUGCAUGUUAACUCAAUUUAUCAGCCUCAACCUAUCGAUGUAUUGAUAAUGUUUAGUAAUUUAAAGUAUUCGAUAUUAAACACAUUAUUUUGAUUGUAAGUGAAUUAUUAAGAAAAUGAAAUUGUUAAUUUUAUGUCUGUAUAUCAUUGCUAAUCUUAGUUAUAAUGGAAAAGCUUCUCUGGAAAGUUUUAUGCCGACUAAGGAUAACAUGAUAUUGGCUGACACGACAAAAGGAACACACAAAUCAUGCAGUCGACCUUGUAAAUUUAACGUGAAGCCGCGACGGUGCACUUACGAUUUCGAAAUCAGUCCGUCUAUUGAAGAAAACGGAAGGCCAACACUUACCAUUAACAACCUGACCCCAGGUCCAUCUAUCAAAGUGUGUUUACAUGACAUCGUCAUAGUGAAAGUGAAGAACAAGGUCCCAAAUCAAGAUGUCACGUUACAUUGGCAUGGAGUUGAACAAAAGGGAACUCCGUAUAUGGAUGGUGUUCCCAUGAUAACACAGUGUCCCAUUGUGUAUGGGUCUACUUACGAAUACGCUUUCAUUGCUUCAAAUCCGGGGACUUUCUUUUAUCACUCUGAUUCAGUUAAUCACCAAAGCGAUGGUGUGUACGGAACCUUCAUCGUAGAUCAACCACAGCCCUUAGAACCCCAUUCUUCACUAUACGAUUAUGAUAGAAGCGAAGACCAUACUAUGAUUAUUGGAACAAAAUUCAACGAACUACUUACAGGACGUCUAGAAGACAUCAACGAAAUUCGACCUGAUAACCUUGUUGUAAACGGGGAUGAAAUGGAUACCAAGAUCUUCGUGAUACAAGGAUACGGAUAUCGAUUUCGAUUUAUUAACGCAAUCGCACUGGAAUGCCCUUUGCUCAUCAAUGUGGAACGCCAUCCGAUGACGAUCAUAACGAGUGACGCUAGUCCUGUGCGGCCAGUUAUCACGGAUGCAGUUCGACUUUAUCCAGGCGAGCGUAUGGACGUGGUAGUUAGAGCAAACCAGCGGAGUGGUGGGUAUUGGAUUCGAGUCUCCGGUGAAGGUGUUUGUGAUGGCUUAAAUGCUUACGCCAUGCUUCUGUACUCCGGAUUCAAUUACACUAACUUACUGGAACAAGGCCCGACUGCAGAAUUGGAACAAGAUUACGAGACAAUUAUUUAUGGCCAACAAUUGCGUUCCCUUCGCGAUAUGUCUCCUGUUACCAAAGUAAAGUCUGUAUAUUUGAGUAUAGACAAAAAUGCACCUAAGUUCAAGGACAGCGAUAUUGAUUUUAGCUACCGCAGCGAUGCUAUGUCAAAGAAGCCGUUUUUCCCUGCAGUAUUAGCUUCAGAAAGUGUACUCCAGAUUAAUGGCAAGAAUUUUCUAUACCCCAAUGCGCCGUAUCUGUUAAAGUCACGUGAUGUUAAUCCAGACAUCAUUUGCAAUGUGGGAGAAGAAAGUGAACACAAAGAGCCACAAUGCCUACAAGUUUUAAAAGCGGAAGCCAAUGAAGUUUUAGAUCUUGUUUUAGCCAAUGAAGGUUUGCAUACCAAUGACACCUACACUUUCCAUAUGCAUGGCAAGAGUGUGCAAGUUAUCGCAACUUGGGAAAACCCCACAAACACUCCAGUCUCUAAAGCAGAUUUUCUCAAACUUUACAGUGAAGAUUUAAUUACAAGAAACGCACGGAACCCUCCUAUCAAGGAUACGGUGGCAGUACCAAAUAAAGGAUUUACUGUUCUAAGAUAUACACCGACGUUUGGUGGGAGUUGGCUUUUGGAAUGUAGAUCGUGUUCCACCGUAUUACCAGUUGCAAUUCUUAUUACUGUUCCUCUAUCAAUACCUAAGUUAGUAGUUGAUACUUUGCCGAGCUGUGGGAAUUACAGACCAGCAGAUACUUUACUCAACUAAGAGUUAUUUAAGCCUUGAUUAAGUUAUUUAUAUUUUUAUAAGACUUAGACUUAGACUGGUUAAGUAGAACGUGUAAAUAUAGAAGUUGGCGGAGAAGUACUGUUUACAGAAUUACAUUUUCUUAUAAUUAACGUAUUAUUAAUAGAACAGUAAGAUUUGUAAAUAAAAGUCUAUUGUGA